AUGGAGAUGAGUCACGACCUAGCUGAGGCCUUCUGGCGCCCAAGUUUCUUAUAUGAGUACCCGAGAAUGCGAGAACAAAUCAUUGGUUGCAGUCCAGAUGUGGAAUGGGCGUUUUCAGGGCUGAACCCGAAGAACCGAGUUGACAAGCUCCCUUGUUUCGAAAGCUCCCGUUGGAGGAUUGACGGCGGCGUCUUGGGGACGCGUCUAUUCGCAGUGCCUCUAGAUCUUCUGCCCAAUCUGACACCGCUUCGCAUCGAUGUGUUCAUUCCGGACCAAGAACAUAUUCCCCGCGCUAUCCGAGACACUCUCGACACGGCGGCAGGAGUUGCAGGGUCGCCGGGAACUGCCAUUUCUAGACACGUGUGCCAUGCGCUGCAUCAUUAUGGUGUAAAGCAACCGGGAUUCCUUCAGCAGUACCAGCGACUGCCAUUUGGGUCGAAAUUGGUCUUCCUCAACAUUGCAGCAAACCCUGAUGAUAUCCUUAUUGAGAUACAACCAAACUACCAGCUUGAAAUAAAAUCCUCGUCACUGGAAUCACUCUCCAGUCUCUGGAAAGCCGACUUCGCAAAGUUGGUCUGGCCACCGGCUGUGGACAUAAAAAGUCUUCAGUUGGUGAAACAGCUCCACGACACAGUGACGGUGGUGCAGGUUGAGGCAGGAGUGCUACAUUCUGGACACUCGCAAACAGCCAUAUUUAAGUCUAGCACCGAGGGUUUCGAUCAUUUAUUGCACGAACUCCGAAUCCUCAUUCAGAUGCCUCCUCACCCUCACAUCAUGCCUCGACCCAUCGCUAUCGUCACCAAAAAGUGUGGCUUUGGUGGAAAGGUGGGCGUGGUGGGCUUCCUGCUUCAGCACUUUCCGACUGGGUCUCUGCGUGACAUCCUUCCAGCUCGACAGCAGUCCGGAAAGCUGAAUUUUGCCCAAAGACUACUUUGGUGUCAGCAGGUAACCUCGGCUUUGAUCCAUGUGCGCGAUGCGGCCGGCACGUUCUACUCGGACCUUCGUCCGGACAAUGUGUUGCUGUCGAAUUCAUCCUUUGGCCCAGAUGAUUCACCUAGUAGUCUGGAGUCAAUAGUUCUUUGCGAUUUUGAACAGCGAGGAAAUUGGUACGAAUGGAGUCCCGACAUGAUUCUGUUUCAGCAAUACAGCCAGAAUCUACUCAAGCAUCGACAAUUGCAUGAGAAUGGAACAAAGCGAUGGAAAUGCCUUGUGCCGAACCAUCACUUGACUGACGGGUCUCGCCGGCCAAUUACUCUGACCAAUAUCACUCCAACUCAUCAUAACAGUCCCUGGGAUGGUCUUUCAGCGGCUGCUCAAGAAAAGGCCAUGGUACAUUCUCUGGGUCUGUUUAUGUACUGCGUAUUCGAAGGAGUGAGCAACGUCUGCCGUGGUCGUGCCAAGGCCUUUCUUUACGAGCCAGAUGUGGAAUUUCCCAAGUUGAAAAGAACUCCUCGGGUAAUCAAAGAUUUGAUCAAUUCUUGCAUCACGCAGAGGCUGGUGAGAUCAAGUGGCGAUCAACUCAACGUACGCGACGGCGGCAAAUUCGACGGUGAAGGCAUCAAGGUGGAUCAGGUGGUCAUGGUUGGCGGAUGUCUCUAUCCUAGUGGUGACACUGAACUAGUGAGAGGCACGGAGAGCACCUGCAUUGCAGUCCUAGAAACUGCCAAAAGAUGGUGGGAGUGGGAAUUAGACCGGGCAUGUACUUGCGUGACAGGCACUGGAUGGAUAGAUGAAGGUACCGCCACAACCGGCCUCACAUUGGACGACGUUCUGAAGAUGUUGAAGUCUAUCACAUUAGAGACGGCCUAA